UAAAAUGCCCAUAAGGCUUUCAACUUGAACGCGUACAAGAACAAAAGCAGAUUUAAUUUGGCCAGUCAAAUUUGUUCUGCUAAUCCAAUAAACUAACCUCUUUUGGUUGCUAUAUGUAUGUAGUUCAUAGAAGCGAAGUCAUAUAAACAAACAUACAUGGCUAACGUUAAUAGUUGGGAACUUGAGAUCCCUAGCUCCAUCCCUGCUUCAAAGGUCUUUGAUGGUUUUGUCGUUGGGUUUUUCGACUUCUUGGACUCCCACGUCUUUCCUGCAUCUUUAGGUGUUACGUUCACAAACCUUCAAGGCGAUGGAGGUGUUGGCACUAUCAAGCUUAUGAGUUUUGAGGAUGACAAAUUGCCAAGUGUGAAAUACAAGAUCAAAGAACUUGAUUUAGAAAACUUCACCUACAAUAUGGCAGUAAUUGAAGGGGAAGACGAUGAGCAAUAUGAGUUAACUUUGAGUGAAAUGAAAGUGAUACCGUCUGUUGAUGGAGGUUGUACCUUUGUACAGAAAACGACCGAGUAUAAAGGGACCGAUGAGGAUGAAACUGAAUCCCAUAAAGAACAACUCACUCAAUGGUUUAAGACGUUUGAGAGGACCAUCACUCAAGAUUCCAAUGAUGAUUAGCUUGUGUUCAUGUAUGACAUAUUUUUGUACUUCUUGAUUUGUUUUGACUUCAAAUGUUGUUGGUUACAAAGUUUUAAACCCAAUUGGGUUUUGAAUAAUAAAAAGUUAGCAAGUAAGUAACUCCCAA